AUGACUGAAGUAAACAAGGCACUUGAACAAAAUAUUGAGCAUCUAAAGGAUGUUAGUUGCUCUAAUAUCGCAUUGAAGGAUGAACUAUACCUUAAUUUGGUACUUGAGUAUGUUCCUGAAACAGUUCAUCGUGUCAUUAAGCAUUACAACAACUCUUUGGCACAAUAUUAUGAUCCACCUCUACGUUGUUUCACAUUCGUUGAUUUCCAACUAGCUCCUACUUUGGAAGAAGUUGAGAGAAUCGUGGGUCUCAAAUUGAAGGAUUUCAAUCCAUUUCCAAAGCUCGAAGAAGAAGCGGGCCCAAAGAAGAUAACUUCAGCCCUAAGUAUCAAUGUCCCGACUGUUCUAAACAAUUGGGUUGAAAAAGGAGGUUGCGAAGGUUUUGCCGCGAUGUUUUUGGAAGAUUUAGCUCUGGAGUUCAAGAAAAAGGGAAAUUGGAAUGCAUUUUAUGUUGUGUUGGCUUUAUUGAUCCAUGGGGUUGUGCUAUUCCCAAAUGUUGAAAAAUUUGUGGAUCAGGUAGCCAUAGAAGUCUUUCUCUCUGGCAAUCCCGUACCAUUUCUCUUAGCUGACAUUUACCAUGCCCUUCACGCUCGACAUGAAAAGAGGGGUGGAACUUUGUUGUGCUGUGCUCCUUUGCUUUAUACUUAG